AUGGUGUGGGUGCGGGCUCUUCGACCUGUCAGGCGCAUUGCUUGCGCAGCAGCACGCAGUAAACAUCAAUGCCCACCUGCAUCAAGCAGGGCGAGCGGCCGGGCAUUCCUGUCUCUCGCGUUGGCAGCAGGCGUGUCCGGCCAUUUGCUGCGGAGCGGCGGCCAUUUGCUGCUGGAGGAAGAGGAUGACGAAGAUUUCGCUGUUCACAAGUGGAAUCUAUGUCAGCCAGCAGCACGAGGGAGCGGCUCCCGCGUGUUCGUCUGGGGCAACCGGGCAUGCUGGCCAGCCAGCGAGGACCAGCGCUCCCCUGACGCUUUGCGCACGCCAACGGAGGUUCCUUGGUUUGAGCACUAUGCGCUGGAGAACAACUGCAAGUGGGAGCAGUUGAGCUUUGGCCCGAGCUUCGGGGUCUCACGCACGGACUCGGGGGAGAUCUUCCUGUGGGGCUCUGCAACAAAGAAUGGCAAGGGUAGGCAAUUCGCACCUCCUCGUCGGUUGGUCUUCAAGGAGAAGACCGACGCCAGGUUCCAUGAUGUGCAGUGCUCGGAGUCAUCGGCCGGUGGCUCGGUGCCGAUGUUUGUUUCUUCCAGCUGCGGCGCUCUAAGGCCCCCGGAGGACCCUGCCCUCCCGGUGCUGCGCGCCCGCCUGGAGGCAAGAGCAGCUGCAGAGGAAGUCUCCUAUGAGGAGGCGGUGGAGCUCAUGCUGCAAGCGCAUCAGGAGCAACGACCGUCCAAGGGCAGCUCGGCUCCAGGUCCUCGCUCAGUACUACGCGAGCUCUUCGGCAGCAUUGCACAGUUCGAUGGAAGCCACAGAGCCUACGCCCUCCACUGCGAGGGCAGCACGCGGGAGGCGAUUUUCGAAGCAGAAGCCUGUCUCGGCAAGCGUGACAUGGGCCUUCCCUUCGCCAGCGCCCUCGCCUUCUUCCACAACCAGUUGGGCACCGUGGACCAAGAUGCGGUGAGGGACAUGAAUGUGCGCGCCUCGCAAGAGCUGCAUCAUGCGCCCGAGGCCGCCAAGCUCCUGACCGUUCGCUUCUACACGAUGGUCGGGGAGACCGAGAAGGGCCAAGAAGUCUUGGGCUCGAUGGACGACAUCGACAGUGCUGCUGCCAACGCCGUGCGUGGCUGGAAUGCCUUUGUCGCCGGCAAAAAGGUGAACGCCGCGAGCGGCAAGACCAGCAAUGCAUUUUUAGAGCAGCCCCUCGGCGCAUGGCGAGGCAGGUGCGGCCAAUUCUUCGAUGCCGCCACGGGCUCCGGCACGGAGCUCGAGAACUUGGACGCGUUGAUGGGCAAGGCCAAGGUCUUGGAGGGGAAGCGCCAAUGGGCGCAGGCCCUGGACUGUCUGAACAAGGUCAUCGUGAUGCACGACUGGUUCCUCCCGGCGCUCAUGGAGAAGGCCAAGACCCUGAUGAUGACGGCGGACUGGGACCAGGCGCUGGAGGCGGCCGGGCGCCUGCAGCAGCAGGAGCCCAACAACAUCGAGGCACUGCGCCUCAACGUGCUUUUCCUCCUCUCCCGGGAGUCUCGCUGCGAUGCAGCGGCGGAGAGGCUGCAGGAGUUGGUGGCAGCGAUGCAGCAGCUGGAGCCCCACAACUACGACCUUGUGCUGAGCUGCGCCCAGCUCUUCUCCCGCCUCGCCGGAAGGCACAAAUCCAUCUUGAACAUCACCUUCUCGAUGAUGAAGAGGGUUACAGAUGCAGCGCCAGAGCAAGCAAAGUACUUGACAGAGCUUGGAUACCAGUACAUGAUGCAAGCAGAGCUCUCCAAGGCAGAGCAGACCUUCCAUUCAGCGGUGGCCAAAGAUGAAACAGAUGUCCGAGCGCUCUUUGGGAUCAUCAACUGCCGGGUACAGGAGGGUAGUUUGGAUGACGCAGAGGAACAGCUGGAGUUCCUGAGCGAGAUUCAGAUCUCUGUUGGCAAGUCCCCAGACCUGGCUUUUCUCCAGUCGCUGAUUGCGUGGCGCAAGCGCCGGGACGCCGAGGGUGCCCUGAACCUGCUGAACGAAACACUGACGCUGCACAUCACGAACUUCAAGUCGGCGGUGGGCUAUGACUUCUUCAUCAAGCUGAACGCUGACUUCAUGCUCGAGAUUGCGCGGGAGUACUUGCAGCACACCAUCUCUGGGGGAGAUGACGCGGCCAAGCCAGGGGGAUAUUUGCUGCGAGGCGUCCAGGUACUGGAGACUCUGACUCGCUUUGUUCCUGGUCUGGUGCCUGCGCAGGUGCUGUUGGCCAAGGCCAAGGUGGCGCUCAACGAGGUGGACGUGGCUACCCGGAUCCUGCACCAAUGCCUGCGCCUGGACCCCAGCUGUGCGGACACCUACCUGCUACUGGCCAGGAUCUACCACCAGAAGGACCAGCAAAACGCAGCCCUGCAGUACCUGGAGCAGGGCCUCAGCCACGACUUCAGCGUCCGCUCCCACCCCUUGUACUAUUUGGUCAAGGCGGAGGUGCUGUCAGCGGCUGGGGAGGUGGAUCAGGCCUCCAAGUUGUUGGAGCAGGCCAUGGCUCUGCCUGGGGUGAAGAGCGACUCCAAGAAGAGCGCGGUGCAGCUGUCGCAGGCGGACCGAUGUUCCCUCUUCACCUUGCACGUGAAUCUGCUCACCAAGCUGAAGCAGCUGGACCAAGCCAGCGAGGUGGUGAAGACUGCCAUCGCCGAGUUUGCCGGCACGCCGGAGGAAGUGAAGAUCCUGGUGGCCAAUAGCCAGCUGGCCAUCGAGAAGGGCGAGAUCGACCAAGCGCUGAACAUGCUGCGCACCAUGAAGCCGGACCACCCGCAGUUCGCCAUGGCCAAGGCUGCCAUGGCGGACAUCUACUUGAAGCACCGCAAGGACAAGAAGGCCUAUGCCAGGUGCUACAAGGCCAUCGUGGACCACGCGCCCACGGUGCAGAACUAUCUGAUUUUGGGGGACGCCCUGCUGUCGAUUCAGGAGCCUGCGGAUGCCAUCAUCGCCUUCCAGCAGGCCAUGGACAUCGACAGCCACAAGGAUCCCGGCUUGGUGCGCAAGAUCGGCAAGGCCAUGAUGCAGACCCACGACUACGAUAGGGCCAUCCAAUACUACCACGACGCGCUGCGCAAGAAGUCGGCGCAGCAGCAGGAGAGCUGCGGCAAGACCUGGCGAAGCUGUACCGCCGGCUCCAGCGCUGGGAUGAUGCCAUUCGGGAGCUGGAGGAAGCUCUGCAGGAGGUCAUGGAAGAGGGCUUCAAGACCACCAAGUACCGGGUGGAGACCUUGGUGCAGCUGGCGAGGGUCCACAGCGACUUCGCGGACUCCCGCGCCAACGUGGGCGGCGGCUCCAGCGCCGUGCCCCAGUGCUCCCAGUGCCUCCGCCAAGCGAGGGAUCUGCUGA